UUCAACUACAGAGUUACUGUUCACAUAAAUCACAUCCUCAAGAUUUGGGUGAGUGUACGGGAUUUUUGGGGAGACAAGGUUUUUCCUACAAAAGACUGGAAAUAUUACACACGAAUAUCAGCUACAGCCAUUACAUUAUCAGUUUUUAUGUCGUCAGUAAUCUGGACACAAUAUUAAUAUUGAAAUUUCAAUCUUUGGAUGUCAGGGGAGAUUUUUAAUCAGUUUUGGGAAAAUUUCGUGAAAGGCACUACAUAAUAUUUUAAGUAAAUGCGACAAAAACCCAGGAUAUUUUCCUAGUUUUGGGAUUUUCUCCUAAAAUUUCGAGUUAUUUUUGCGAAAUCCUCAAAAGCUUUGGGGAAAAUCUGAGUUUUCCCCAAUAUCGAAUUUCAUACACUUGUAUACAAUUCCUCCCAAUCAGAAAUCGUAUGUGAUUGGAUUCCUGUCAUUUCGAAAGUCCCAAUGAAAAACUUCUAGCCACGUGUUUUUUUUGCAAAUAAAUCCAAUCUCCCAAUUGGAUGAAAAUUAUUAGGAAUUGCGGGUUUUCCCUCAAACUCAUGAAAAUUCGUAUUUUCGAGUUUGUUGCAUUUCCUAAAAAUUUUCUAUUGUGGCUUCCCCAAAACUGACAAAAUUUUCCCAAUAAUUGGGAGAUUGUAAAUAAAUGUGUUCUGACUUCACAAAAUACACUAACUGACGCCAAAGCACUUUACUUACUUCACAUCUGUUAACAGUGCACUUAAAGGAAACAGGUUCAGAACUGAUGUCAAGCUGUUGAUCCAUGUUCGUCAAAAAAGAUGGCAUUACUGCGACUUUUUCAAGGAAUGUUUCUGCUUCAUAUCAUUGUGUUCAUCUUCAUGAAAGGCUGAUGCGCUUGAAUUUGUGUCCAUGUUAUUUUCGUUUGUUUCGCAGUUCAUGUGUACAACCCCAUAGACUACUUAGUACUAAACAAAGUUUACAACCAACUGCUGAAAAUCCAACCUCUAGUUGGGUUUCUAUUGGUGGACAUUCUACUGUCAAAGAUUCUUGGUAUAACUUAACUCCCCAUAUAAUUGAACUUACAAAAAGGUCACUGCAUAACCAACAACAUCAUCCUUUAAAUUUGAUUAAACAACGUAUCGUGGACUUCAUGUUUAAGCGUCAUGUUCGUCAUGUGUGCAAUAAUAAUCAAGGUGGUACACCACUAUUCAGCCUAUAUGAUCAUCUAUCACCAGUGGUAACAGUACGAAAAAACUUCGACAGUUUAUUUAUUCCACCAGAUCAUCCAAGUCGAUUGCGUACAGAUACAUAUUAUUUAAAUGAAACAACUGUAUUACGUAGUCAUACAUCAGCGCAUCAAUUAGACUUAAUCAAUUCCGGUUUAAAUGCUUUUCUUGUUGCUGGUGAUGUUUAUCGACGUGACGAUAUUGAUUCACUGCAUUAUCCUGUCUUUCAUCAGUUAGAAGGUGUUCGACUGUUUACAUCGGAUGAAUUAUUUAGAAAUGCUACUGAUCCUUUUCAAUGUUUUCGGCUGUUUGAAGACAUCCCAUCGUCUUCACCAUAUAGUGAACCAGAUGUUCAUCCAUUCAAGGUUUUUCCAUCAUAUAUGCUUCCGCCUGACAGACAAAUUAGUCAUACGACAGAGACUAAAAUGCUACUAGAAUUUGAAUUGAAAACCCUCCUACAGGAAAUGGCUAAAUUUUUGUUUGGCCCAGACAUACAACUACGUUGGGUUAGUGCUUACUUCCCAUUUACCCAUCCAUCAUGGGAAUUAGAAAUCAAAACAAAUUCUGGCUACUCUAACUAUGAUGACGAUUCUGAUAGUGAAAAGCCUGAAGAAUGGACUGAAAUGUUGGGAUGUGGUAUAAUGCGACAAGAAUUACUAGAACGUUCUGGAAUACCUAAUAAAGUUGGUUAUGCUUUUGGUCUUGGUUUAGAACGUUGGGCUAUGCAGUUAUACGAAAUACCAGAUAUUCGAUUAUUUUGGUCAAAAGAUGAAGGAUUUUUGAAUCAGUUUAUAACUGAUGAUAUUCAUGCACCAAUCAAAUAUAAGCCAGUCAGUAUAUUUCCUCCAUGUGUAUUGGAUCUUUCAUUUUGGUUAAACAACUCUCAAUCAAUAUCAUCAUCUUUGUCUUCCAAUCCUGAUGGAUUAGAUAGAAUUAAGAUAGUUGAACGGGAUAUUUUCGAUAUUGUACGUUCCGAAGCUGGUGAUCUCAUAGAACAGAUUCGUUUGGUCGAUUCAUACAAUGAUCCUAAAACCGGACAACAAAGUCUUUGCUAUCGUUUUAUCUAUCGAGAUCAACAUAAAACUUUGACAGUGGAUGACGUUCGGCCAUUACAUGAGAAUAUUGCUCAAGUUUUAGCUGAAAAAUUAAAUCUUUCUAUUCGAUAAUAUUUUUCUUGCUAAAUAUCAAACCGUUAUUAACAUGAAUACACUAUUUCCAAACAUCAUUUCCUACUUGAUAUCUUUGUGUACAUAUUCUUUAUCUUGUUACAUGCACAUUUAUAUCGUUUGUUCUUCCAUAAAAUCAACUUUUCAAAUGAUAGAUUUUGUUUUUUGUUCAAUAUUUUUUCUUUGUCGAAGAAAAAAAAUAAUUAAAUGCAUUGAUCACCGACUGACCAAUGUUGUGUUCACUCUUAUUGGUGAUGAAUCUCUGUUGACCGCGUUGCAAUACGGCUACUAGUGUAAGUAACUCGACAUCAGAAGCAAUAUGUUUUCAUCAGUAUCGAUAUUUCAGUCUCACGGAAGAUCGGUCGCGCCUUGAAAAGCUAAGUGAUAAUGUCUCAUCAUGAGACAAAGUGAUACGAGUUCGAAUGGUACAGACAUAUAAUCCCCAUUCAUUUCUUACGCGUUCCAACUCACCUUACCUACAGGUAACAAAUUUGUUAUGAGGCUUGAAAGCCUUAAGCUUAAGUGUUGGACUUGAAAUACAUGAAACCAAAGCAUUUCAUUAUUGACGUUUGGAUAGAACCGUACAGCCUUCACAUCCCAGUAUGAACAUCCGCAUGGUACUUUCCCAGAAUGUGUUUGAUGUUCAUAUAAAAUUGAAUCAUUAACCUGUUAAUAUGAAACUGUAGUUUAAUGGUUAAGAAAUAUCGAUUUUCAGCCAGUAUGUCGUCUGCUCAAAGCCCAUUACACCGACUUCAGUCUAGAUAAUCAUGCUAUAUCAUUAACUUUUACAUUAAAUUUGUAACUCAAAGUUGAGUACACAAAGUAUAUUUGGUAGAUAACGUGUAAUUUUUUAUUUAUUAUCGUAAUAAAUACCUUGAAACAUUGGAUCUCAUCGGGAAAUAAAUGAGAUACUUAUUUGUGAGACAUUGAAGUUGUUAGUUAUUUUGUCAAUUUGUCUUUGUUUAUUAUUAAAAUACAAUAAUUA